AUGGCCAGCAACACAUAUUAUGGAAAUGGUUCCAGUGGCAACUGCACCAAUAUUGACUACCUUAUGAAGCGCUAUUAUCUACCUGUCAUGUACGGCAUAAUUUUUGUAGUGGGUGUACUGGGUAACGUGACCUCACUACUGGUGUACCUGGUAAAAGUGCGUCCCUGGAAAAGCAGCAGCAUCAUCCUGGUCAACUUGGCCACAACUGACCUGUUGUAUAUGCUGAGCAUGCCAUUUUUAAUCUACUACUAUGCCCAAAGUGACUCCUGGACAUUGGGUGACUUCAUGUGCCGUUUUGUGCGUUUUGGCUUCCAUUUCAAUCUCUAUGGCAGCAUUCUCUUCCUCACCUGUCUGGCUGUUUUCCGUUAUGUGGCCGUAGUGCACCCUCUACAAGCAGCUAAGAUUCAGAAAAGGCGAUGGGGUUUACUCGCAUGUGUUCUGACCUGGACUCUUGCAGCUGCACAAAUGGCACCCAUCUUCAGUAUGAUCUUCACUGUGAAGGAGAACAACAUAACCUCCUGCUUAGACCUGGCCAGCAACAAGCCAACACACGUAUGGUGGUAUAGCUGGAUGCUGACAGUUCUAGGCUUCUUACUACCCCUGGUAGUGGUAUGUGCAUGUUACAUAUGUAUAGCGAAAGAGUUAGCAAGGGGUCCACACACUCACAAUAGAAGUCGUACUCGGGCAAGGAGGCUUAUUGCAUUGGUGAUAAUCUGUUUUGUGGUUUGCUUUUUUCCUUAUCAUGUUCUGCGCACACUGCGAAUAUACACAAGAAUAAUUCCUGACGGCUCCUGCAUGCUAAUGAGAUGUGUACAUGCUGCUUAUGUGGUUUCAAGGCCAGUGGCAGCAUUCAAUACGAUAUUCAACUUGGGGCUGUACACCUUGGCUGGUGACCGCUUCAAGCAGGCAUUUUUAAGUCUCCUUUUAAAUAGCUGCCAAAGACCAUUAGUCAAGUAA